CUAAGAGCUUUAUCUGAUUUGAGGGUGGCUGAGGAAUCAGCUAGACUUGAAGUGGAGGAUGCUGAGGAAAUAUCAAGAUGUGAUCUUGAAGAGGCAGCAUGGCAUGACGUUGAGAAAAUAGACUUUAGUGAAUCUAUGAUGUCUUCCGUUUUAAUGAGUGAUGGAUCAACUAUAUCUGAGCAUGUGGUUGUUAAUGGCGAAGAGGUCAACAAGAUCCUUCGAAAAGUUGAUGAUGUAGUGGAGUUGGAGCGCAUUAAACGAGCUGAUAUAGUUGCGGGAGAAAGUCAAUCAAUGCUUCGUCUAGAAGCACGAAAACAAGUUGAUAGGCGUUUUUCCGUUUCAAGGCGUUUUUGUCGCAAAAUAAUGCAGUUUGAAUCUGAGGAAGAAAUUACACGUGAAAUUCUGUUUGAAGAAGAAGUGGCUGAGCGUGAUUCCAUGUGCGCUGAGUUUGCGGAGCAGUUUAUGCUUUCAAAAUCAAUGGGUCAGUCCACGACAGAGGCGGAAGAAGAAAUGUUGUCAGCUUCUCGUGUGUAUAACAAUGAGUACAAAUGGCGAAUGCUUAAAAUGGCUAAACCGCCUCCCAAUAUAGCAACACCUAUCCCUUUUAUCGGUUUUUCUUUAGCAGAAUUUGUAGGUGAAUCAUUCUUAAAGGUAAGUGGUCUUUAUGAGAGUGGUCCUGCAUUCCAGGCGGGAAUACGCAUUGGGGAUAUUCUUUUGGAAAUUGAAGGGAAACGUGUCACAUCCAUUUAUGAAGUUAGACGUGCUGUUUCAAAAUAUUGUCGUGUCGCUGAGUUAACAAAUAUGAAACUGCAACGACCUGAUGGAACAGUGUACAAGAUAUCUCUUUGGGUCAUGACGGCAGAAUUACGUUUUAAAGAUGAACCCUAUUUCUUUGAUAUUGAGUCCCACACACGCUACCAACGACAGUGGCGAACUGAUCAAAUUGUGAAAACCCCUGAGAAAUCUUGA